AUAUUCGGGACUUCACGUGUUUCCAAUUCUUUUCCCAAUAUGGCGGCUUCCGGGUUGUAUGUUGGCGGGAAUUCAAACGCAUAAAGAGCAAAACAACUCGCCAGAACAAAGGUCAGAGAAAGUGAUACUACUGCCAUGAGCAGGAUAAAUGAUGGUGCUGGGCCCUCCACUGGUGGACAUGGCAACAAUCGGCCCCCUCCUAAAACAAGAACUGGCCGCAAGUACAGUUACACGAAGCUGUGUGAUGUGAAAGUGAGGACAACAGUGAACUUGUAUGCAGCUGUCAAGUUCUUCAAACCACCAUUUCCUUCAAGAGGAACAGAUUACUGUAUGGUGGUAAGACUUGUUGACCCAUCUCUUGACGACCUUAACGAGGGACUCAAGUGCUUGUUUUUUGCCAAGGAAGAAUCUUUGCUGCCGCAGAUUUACUCCAUCGGGGACAUCGUCAGGAUACACAGGCUUAAGGUUGAUAACUACCGAGGCGCUCCCCAGGGUAACAAGGGCCCUGGGUUCUCCUGUCUCGUGUUUGAUGGCAGACAGGGUGCUCCGACCCAACCUCGCAGCGACUCGCAAAACUUCACCUUUGAACCUGAGGAUGAAGAGAAGGUGUUGGAGCUGCGCCAGUGGGUGACCCUGACCCCAGAGUUAAAUGUGAUGACUUCUGACUGUCCAACCCUGGCUGAUGUCGAGGAGGGACAGUACUACGAUCUGUCCUGCCAGAUUGUGUCCAUGGCCAGAGUUGAUGAGACUUGUGUCCUGUUCCAGGUCUGGGAUGGCACUAUACCUGCAGUACCCUUCCGGAAGGCUGAAUUUCAUGGCCUUUCCCUGGACCAGAAAGAUGACCUUGUGCAGAAGGUCAAAGGCCACUUGGUGGAUGUGUUCAUCUUUGACAACCAUGUGUCGACUGCUCUUAAAUUUAAGCCUGGCGACUUUGUCAGAAUCCAAAACCUGCAUGUUGCAAAGUACAAGCCUCCAGACAACGAAGCUGGACAGUCUGAUGAACUGGUGGAGUUUGUUGUACACAAGGGUACAUCGUUCGGACGGGGCCUUACAGCACUCUCCUCUGAUCACCCGAACUUCAAGGACAUGGAGAGUGUUAUGAAGCAAGUCAUUGAGAGAAGCACAGCUGCAGACUUACCUACGAGUGAACAACAUGAGACUGACACUGCUGCCCAUGGUCCUGUAAAAAGGGCUACAACUGGGGAAAGUUUAGAUCAAAACAGUGAAGGCAUGCUAGUGGAUGAUACGGAUGGCAAUGUACAGCAAGGGAACAGCAUGGAUCAAGAGCAGGACAGCAAUGUGCAGGAAAGAGACAAUACUGUGCAGCAAGGAGAUAGCACAGCACAGGGGAGCAAUGUUACACAUGAGAGGGACAGCAAUGUACAAAAAGGGAGCAGCAAUUUGAAUGAGAAGAACAGCAUUGUGCCAGAAGAGGGCAGCUUGGUCAGCAGCUCUAACAGCACUGACAGGCGGUGCCUACAGGAAACAGGCACAGUGAUCACAGGUCAUCACCAUAUAACGGUGACACCCAUCCAUGCUGUGUUGACCCACUACACUCCCUUCAAGUUCCGCCUGAAGGCACAGCUGGUGGACUACAGUCCGAGGGACGUCCGAGAGUUCUGCCUUCUCUUCUGUUAUGCCUGUAACUAUUGUAUAGAGAUUCCAUCUUCACUGAAACAGAAGGAUUGUCAAAAGGAAGGGAGGCAACACUCACACAGUAGUUUUCCCUGUCUUUGGUGUAAGAAAACACAGUCCAGAAAUACAGAAUGUGCUGUUGUCCCCACCAUGCAGUAUAUUUAUGUUGUUAAGUUUAUCUUGGAUGAUGGGACAGGGUCACUAGAGGCUCACAUGUGGAAGGAGCAUGCUGAAGUAUUUUUCAAAGACCUGCCACCAUGUAACCUGUACCAACGACAGGAGGAUAGACAGGUGCUGUCUGAUUACAUGCAUCAGCUGUGUCCAGGUGCUGCCAGUCAGACAGCUGCACCCUGGAUGGAAUGCUGCAUCAUGUCCUACACCGUGAAGGACUCAGGCCCUGCCCUGUACCAGAUCUUUGACACCUCACUCGCACUGGAAGCAGCGUAGACUUUGUAGAAACAAAAGCUCUAAAACUCGCUGUUGCAGAAAAGAUAAAGUUGUCAUUUCGAAAUUUUGGGAUUCCAAAUUAAUCAUGUAGAUGUACAUUUGUGUAUGUCCAAGUAUUAUGUUGUGUUUGUCCAAGUAUUAUGUUGUGUAUGUCCAAGUAUCAUUUAUGUUGUGUAUGUCCAAGUAUUAUUUAUGUUGUGUAUGUCCAAGUAUUAUUUAUGUUUUGUAUGUCCAAGUAUUAUGUUGUGUAAGU